AUGGACGAUCUUGAGCUGUCGCUCUGGGAGGAUCUCCAGCUCAGCGAGAAGGAUACCCAGGAUGUAUACGCGCGCUUUGAAGAGAAGCAUGGCGCGUUGGGCUUGACGGAACAGAGCAUGGUUGACGCACUCACCAACCUCCGUGUAUUUUCGUCGUGCUUCUUAUCACGCAACAAGUUUGACCUCGAUAAGAGCGUGCAUGACGAAGUCAAGGCCGCAGAGCUCAGUAAUGCGAAGCGCGCGCAGUACAACAGCAACCCACGCAAUGCCAAUAAGCCACCCAAACCGUUGGUAAACGUCACGGCGCUCGACCAGUCGUGUUCGUCUUUGCUGGCACGCCUCUUCCCGUGGCUAUCCGGAGAGUACCCUGUGUACUCGCGUUGGAAUGGAGACGUGGUGCGCGGCCGGCUUCCAGUGAUGGCGGACUACUUGGGCCACGAGAAGCACCAGCACACAAGCACCAGUGAACACGCCAAUACGUACCGCUCUAGCUCCGAUUGCUUUCUCUCGGACCUUUUGCUCGCGUUUAACGGGCAGGGUAUCGUGAUAACCGCUAGCGAUGUGCACAAGGAGGAAUUGGUUAACUUGAUCCGUGUGCUCCGUGGACUUGACAACAACCUCCCGAUCCAGAUUGUCCACCGCGGCGAUCUCACUAACCCUGUACAGAGCGAGCUCAUUGCGGCAGCACGCAACUCUUUCAACAUGCGGAAGAUGCCCAAGUCGUUCCGCCAGAUGAAUGAGCUCCACGACUACGUGGCCCACGACGAACAUGGGGGACUGUUUCCACGCCAGGAGCUUUGGUUUGUGGAUGUCAGCGAGUGCAUCGCAGAAGACUACCGGAAAUACUUCCAAUACUUUUCCAAUAAGUUCCUUCCGUAUUUCUUUAGCUCGUUUGACGAGACGGUGCUCAUGGACACGGACACCGUUCCGUUGGUGAAACCCUCAGCGUUCUUCCGGUCGCGCGCGUACGUUGCAACGCAGACUUUAUUUUUCAAGGACCGUGACCUCACAAUCGGCAACACGCGUGCGGACCGUAUGUACUUCCGCAAGUUGUUUCCAACGGUGCUUGAUGACUUGGUGUUUGGCGUACCGGCAGUGUCGGGCCACACACUUAGCAACGAGUAUAUGAGUGACCACAAGGAGCAGCACCAUCUUAUGGAGUCGGGCGUGGUUGUAUACAAGAAGUCCGCGCACUUUGCGGGAGUGGUUAUGGCGAUUGCGAUCAACUUCUGGGACCAGACGAAGGAGCGCGUAUGGGGUGACAAGGAGAUGUUCUGGCUCGGGUUGUCCGUCGCAGGCGACGAGAACUACCGGUUUAAUGAUAACCAUGCGGCUGCGGUCGGGAUGGUGACGCCGCAAGUGUUCCGUCCUGUAGGCACACGCGCUCGCGAGUUAUGCUCGAUCCAGCCGGGCCAUAUUUCGUCGGACGACGACCAGACGCUUCUCUGGAUCAACUCCGGGUUCCAGUUCUGCAAGAAGGAGGGCCUGUUCGACGACUCGAAGGACAAUAACAAGAUGCGCAUGUACUCAGGUGCGCGCAGCGCACUGGAUACGAAAGGUGUGAACGAGGAGGCCAUGCGGCGCAUGUACCAUAACGCUAUUCGUAUUGAAGCCGCCCUCAUUCCACCACCGGCCGAGUUUCACAUCGAUAAUGACUUCUCGGAGCCACCCGCGGGCUGGUUCCAAACUGAGGUGUGUGAAAAGUACUUGUGGUGUGCAUACGACAACAUCGGUGGGAGCAACAAACCUGAGCAUAUGGGUAAGUUGGUUGAGUUUUCGGCUGUGGAUCGUAUGCGAUUCAAGUACUUGGGCGAACUCUGGACUGGGCAGGAUGUGUCCCAAAGGGGUGUGAGAAACAAGCCGCGAGCGGGUGUGUAG